AUGGAUCCUUCGGAGAAGAAGAUAUCGGUGUGGAUCUGCCAGGAGGAGAAGCUGGUGUCCGGUCUCUCCCGCCGCACCACUUGCUCGGAUGUGGUGCGGGUUCUGUUGGAGGACGGCUGCCGGCGAAGACGGAGGCAGCGGCGGGGCCAGCGAAGGGGGAUGGCCGGAGACCCGCAAGGCCCAGGGGAACUGCCAGAACCCCCGGAUGAAAACGACGACGACGACUAUGAGGCGCUGUCCCAGGGCAUGCUGUGCGGGCCCCCGCAGUGCUAUUGCAUCGUGGAGAAGUGGCGUGGCUUUGAGCGCAUCCUGCCCAACAAGACGCGCAUCUUGCGCCUCUUAUCCGCCUGGGGCGACGAGCAAGAAAACGUGCGCUUCGUGUUAGUUCGCAGCGAGGCGUCGCUGCCCAACGCAGGUCCGCGCAGUGCGGAGGCGCGGGUAGUGCUCAGCCGGGAGCGCCCCUGCUUGGCCCGGGGAGCCCCGGCGCGGCCCAGCCUGGCCAUGACCCAGGAGAAGCAGCGGCGGGUGGUGCGCAAGGCCUUCCGCAAGCUGGCCAAGCUCAACCGGCGGCGCCAGCAGCAGCCGCCGCCUUCUCCCUGUUCGUCCACUUCAUCGUCCACUGCCUCGUCUUGUUCGUCGCCGCCGCAGGCCCUAGAGAGUGCGUCUGUGGAGCGCAUGGAGACGCUGGUGCAUCUGGUGCUCUCCCAGGACCACACCAUCCGCCAGCAGGUGCAGCGGCUUCUGGAGCUGGACCGAGAAAUCGACCGCUACGAAGCCAAGGUGCAUCUUGACCGUAUGCGACGGCAUGGGGUGAACUACGUGCAGGACACUUACUUGGUGGGGGCAGGGAUAGAACUCGAUGGGCCCAUCCCGGGCGAGGAGCCCGAGGAAGUAGCGGUAGCGGAGGAGGUAUCAGCGGCGCCCCUGGACGGUGAGGCUCAGGCGGCAGCGCUGGAGGAGCUGGCCCGGCGCUGUGACGAACUGCUGCAGCUGCAGGAGCAGCGAACCCAGCAGGAGGAGUUGCUGGAGCGUCUCUCCACCGAGAUUCAGGAGGAAUUGAACCAGAGAUGGAUGCGGCGGCGCAGGGAAGAACUGGCGGUGCGAGAGGAGCCCCCGGAGCCCGACGGCGGCCCGGACGGCGAGCUGCUGCUGGAGCAGGAGCGGGUCAGGACGCAACUCAGCACCAGCCUUUACAUUGGGCUCAGGCUCAACACGGACCUGGAAGCCGUCAAGGCGGACUUGGAUUACAGCCAGCAGCAGCGGGACAGCAAGGAGCGUGAGCUGCAGGGCCUUCUCCAGACUUUGAACACUUUGGAGCUCACCAUAGUGCAGGAGGGGGCUUCUGGCCCCAGCGGACCCACGCGGGAACCCCAGCCUCAGGCCUGCGCCGAGAUGUGGGUGGACCAGGCUCGCGGAAUGGCCAAGAGCUGUCCUGGCAACGACGAGGACUCGGAUACUGGACUGAGCUCUAUGCACAGCCAGGACUCGGAUUCUGUGCCUGUGUGCGAAUCCCUGGUGUAG